CUUACAAAGGCAUAUCUUCGUCAGGAAAAAUUACAAAUCAUUUCAGAAACGACGACAUCUUGUUAUGUUUUCGCUAUUAUGACAAUGUUGGUGACGAGAAAAAACAAAUCUGGGAAAAGCGAUGACACUGUGGAGGAUGAGACCAAGGAGGAACUCACAGAUUCGUCGGGACUUAUAGAUGACUCUCUUGCUGGACAAGGGAGUCGACCAAAUCACCACACAUGA